AUGGACGGGGAUUUCGAUCAGCUGGUGGAACGACUUGCCGCCAUGCUGACGUCGGCUGAUCCAGAAGAUAUCAAGGGAGGGGCUUCUCUGCUGUAUGAACUGUUUCUGUCUGCGGGGCGGGACACGUUCUCAAGGCUCGCUCAAGAGCUUGCCGCGUACCAAGGGGGGAUCAUCUUGAAGCGGCUCUUGGACGGCGCGGUUACCCAAAAAGACCCUGAACGUCAAGAUACUGACCUCGUUACGACGGAAUUCCUGUACGCACGUUGCUGCCAGGCAAUGGGGAGUCUGAGCUCAAGCAAAGUCGUGGUGGACCGGUACUUCAACAAGAGCUGGGAGAGCCCAGAGGGGCGGAGAGUCUGUAAGUGCAUAUUUCUUGACCUUUCCGGCCACCUGUUGACGCGCGCGCGCGAGAUCGAGCGCGGGCAGAGUCACCUGAACCUGUUCGCUGACGCAUGGGUUCUUGCGCCCCUAGAGUGCUUGGCCAACUUCGCAGCGCACUCAAAGGUUUUCCGGCAGGCCAUGAAGGACGCCUGUGAAGAGCGCACCCUCUUUGAUCGGCUGGGCUUCCUCCUUUCCGCCGGAAUUCAGCGGACGCUUUCCAGACGGAAUGCUCAGCGGAUCCGAGUCCUGAUGGCUGAUGUGGCGGUCACGCUGGCGUUUUCGGCGGACAGCCAGCUGUGGGCUCUCGACCGGGGCGUGCUCAAGCUCAUUGCGGCAGUUUAUGCAGUUUCUCCUGGGGACCACCGCCAGGAUGCGCUCGGGUGGGAGGGGUCCCCGGCUUUCCUCUGCAACGCGGUCUUGCUCCACUUGCUGCCCACGGAAUCCGCGGCGGAAAAGCUGCGCGCGCACAACGCGCUCGACGGAUUCCGGCCCCACAGGCGGAAAAUGAACGACGCAGCGAUCCCGGAACUGGACCUCUGGAAGUACUUUGAGGGGAAACUGCAAGGGCGGCCGGUUCCAACCAUCCCCCGUGACGCUCAGACGCGCAGCCUUGACGUGAGAGCCGACGGCGCUCCAAUCGUGUGCUCAUGGAAAGAGUGCACGGCGGGACCGGAGCCUCCGGGGACGGCGUUCAAAAGAUGCGCGGGCUGUCAAGUUAGCCGCUACUGCAGCAAGGAGCAUCAAAGGCUGCACUGGCGGACCCACAAGGUCCAUUGCCGCGCGGCACAUGUCAAUCAAGUCAAGGAAAAGAAAGCAUCGUCAAUGGGGAACGGAGAGGCCGAACCAUCCUCAAGCACGGCAUAG